AUGAAUCAAAAACAGGAGCAAGGAAAAGGUGGCGCGCAAUCAAGUACGGCGAGAAGGAGUGGGAUAAUUGGUUUUAAAAAGGGGGCAACUUCGGGGAAACCGCGCGACAGGGUCACUCAUCGAGACACCCUCGGCUGUCAGAGGAAGACCGGUAACCCCAUGCGGAAGGAAAAAGAUAAGCUUUAUGCCUUCUCCCGUCGGCUUACAAAACUGUUGCGGCAUCAGGCAGUGCAAAGGGGCCUGGCAAUAUCGCCGGAUGGUUUCGUUGCUACUAGUGAUAUACUAAGACUGCCGGAGAAUUCGAGGCAGGACAGGAUUACGGAAGAAGAUAUCAUCACAGUUGUACAGACUGACGCAAAAAAACGAUUUUCUCUUCGCUGGCGAGUGCCUGACGAGGCAGGAAAAGAUGACCAAUAUGAAGAAGUACAGUUUUUAACGUCUACGGUAGGGCCAGUACCACAGAAGUACGCAGACGAUGGUUCAGAGGGGAGAUGCAGAAGGCAGCUUCUAUGCGUGGGCAAAUUAGAAUCACCCUCUCCGGGUAAUAUUGCGGAAGUCGACCGGAUCAUGUUUGAUGUCGGUGCCCCAACACCGUUCUCAAUUUGUGGCAAUUACUGUAGCAGUUGCUCUAGUAAACUCUUCCCGCCUCGGACUGACGGGGCUGUCCUGUGUAUCAGGGCGAACCAGGGACAUUCCAUUGCUUGUAUUGACAGUGAAAAACUGCUACGUCCAGUUCGCAGUGUGUUUGAUCUUCCUUCCUGCUGCCUCCGAACAGGGGUCACUGGAUUUGAUUCGGAAGAAGUAGUAGCAACCGUUGUCCACGGAACUUACUGGAAUCGUUGGGACAAGAUACAAACUGAAGGCCUCUCUCGUAUGUCAAGGAAUCAUAUUCAUUUUGCAUGUGGGUUUUCGUCAGAGAAAGACGGAGUUAUUUCUGGAAUGAGGGCAACCGUAGAUGUGCUCAUUUUUUUAGAUGUGAAAAAAGCACUUGACGAGGGCCUAAAGCUGUUCGUCUCCUCGAACGACGUCGUCUUGUCGCCCGGAAAUGAACAUGGUAUUAUCGAGACACGCUUCUUCUCAAAAGUCGUCGACAAAACAACAGGGGAAAUUCUUUUUCGUGGAGGUGACAACUGUGGCAGUGCUUAA